UGCGCGCACAGGCGUGGAUGGGAGGGGAACGGGGCUGCUGGUGGCUGCCAGAGCGGGAGCUUUGCAAACGCUUCGUGGAGAUGAAUGACUUCUUCCGGCCCGGGAGAAAUCGGGCUGUGAGGAUGCCUGGAGGAGACAUGGCCAAGCCCCUCCUUGGCCACAGGAGCACAGAGGGUGAUCCUAGCGUGGUGCCUGCAGCUGGACGCACCAUCGGCGUGCUGGGGAGCGGGGACUUUGCGCGUUCGUUGGCCAUCCGUCUGGUGUGCUCUGGCUUCAAGGUGGUGGUGGGCAGCCGCAACCCAAAGCGCAAAGCCUGCCUCUUCCCUUCUGCAGCAGAGGUCACCUUCCAGGCUGAGGCAGUGAAGAAGACGGAUGUCAUUUUUGUGGCGGUUUUCAGGGAACAUUACUCCACGCUCUGUGACCUGGCUGAUGUGCUGGCGGGAAAGAUCCUGGUGGAUGUCAGUAACAACACUGAAAUCAACCACCACAAAGAAUCCAACGCUGAAUACUUGGCCUCUCUGUUCCCAGCCUGCACUGUGGUCAAGGGCUUUAAUGUGGUUUCUGCGUGGACGCUGCAGUCUGGUGCCAGGGAUGGCAAUAAGCAGGUUCUAAUCUGCUCCAAUAGCCAAGAAGCCAAGCGUACUGUGGCAGAAAUUGCUCAGGUAAUGGGCUUCACCCCUGUGGACAUGGGCUGCAUGUCCUCAGCCUGCGAGAUUGAGAACAUUCCCCUGCGCCUUUUGCCAGCCUGGAAAAUCCCCAUCUUUUUGGCUCUGGGGCUUUUUCUUUGCUUUUUCACUUACAACCUGGUGCGGCAGGUCAUCCACCCUUACAUCAGGGAGCAGAAGAAUAAGUUUUAUAAGAUCCCUGUCGAGGUGGUCAACACUACGCUGCCGUGCGUGGCCUACGUCAUGCUGUCUCUGGUCUACCUCCCUGGUGUGCUGGCAGCCUGCUCGCAGCUCUACUACGGCACCAAAUACAGGCGCUUUCCAGACUGGCUUGACCAGUGGCUGCAACACAGAAAGCAGAUCGGCCUCCUCAGCUUCUUCUGUGCAGCCCUGCACGCCGUGUACAGCCUGUGCCUGCCCAUGCGCCGCUCCCACCGCUACCAGCUGAUUGAGACAGCCGUCAAGCAGGCUAUGGAGAAGAAGAUGAAUAUCUGGGUAGAGGAGGAAGUCUGGAGGAUGGAGAUUUAUAUCUCUGUUGGAAUAAUUGCCCUGGGCUUGCUGUCGUUACUUGCCAUCACCUCACUUCCAUCUAUUGCAAACUCUCUCAACUGGAGGGAAUUCAGUUUCAUCCAGUCUACGCUGGGAUUUAUUGCCUUGGUCAUCAGCACCCUGCACACCCUCACAUAUGGCUGGUCAAGGGCCUUUGAUGAGAACCAAUACAAGUUCUACCUGCCUCCCACCUACACUCUCACGCUGCUUGUCCCAUGUACUGUGAUCCUAGCAAAAGUUGCCUUCAGUUUGCCCUGCAUUCAGCAGAGACUCGUGCGAAUCAGAAGAGGCUGGGAGAAGGGGAGAAGCACAGAUUUUCUGGGCUUUUUGAUGGCAAAGACAUCCUGCUUCUUGAGCAUCUGGAUCAACCUAAGCAGUGAGCUUUAGAAAUACAACUUGUCCCUGGCUUUGGUCUCUUUAAUGAAGUAACCACAUAAGCAGAACAAUAUCCCUCUUAUGUACUGUCUGCACAUUUUAGUAAAGGUAUCCAAACCUGACAGCAAAUCCAAGUAUCUGCUUUCUCAAAUACAGACAGCAGAUCUGGACUUGUAGGCUCUACCUGGUGCACAUUUAUAGGCUGCUGAAAUAAACCAUCUUUGCUAUCAGAGUGAAAGCUUUUGAAGAGAGGAAUGUCCCUAACACCCACACUUCCUGUCUGCACUGCUGUCUCUGAGACAACAACUACUGCUGCUGCAUGUUCUCUGUUUUACUAAAUCCAUUUCAGGCAGUAUUUGGUGGAAAUAGAGUGAAAAAGAAAAAUGUGCCAUUUCACAAAGAAAACCAAAGCCCUACAUCAAAUAAUAGUUUGAAGCUCUUAGAAAUCAUUGUCACCUGAACAUGCGUGCUUAGAUAACAAAACAGCACCUCUAAAACUACUGGCUUCACCAGCAGUGAUAAGGUCUUUGAACUGUCUUGCAAAGAGACUGGUGAGUCUUGAUCACAGCAUGAGAAUACAGGAAUUGUGCAUGUGGGGCACCAUCCUGCACCGCCUUGCACCUUAGAAAGUCACUUACUACCACAAAAGCAUGUAUCAAAUGCUUUUCUUCUGACUUCACACACACUUUGGAUGAGGUCCAGGGCAAGAAUUCUGCCCUACUUUCCUUUGCUACCUUUUACUUUCUGUUCCUUCAAGCUCUUGCUCUUUAUCAGAAUUGUUAUUUAGAUUUUGGAGAUCCAAGUCACCCAUAUAGAGAAUGGACAGCCAUUUGCAAAAGCUCACUUAAAAGCAAGCAAUUGAGAUGACACAAAGAAGACUACCUCAGCAAGACCAGACACAAGGACAUGGGUGGGAUAGCCUAAUUUCUUUGCAGUUAAGUAAAAGGCACUGCUCAGCAUUCCACUUUGCUUUGAAAAAUGUCAUCAAUUAGGUUUUAUUUGUGGGACCAAAAAGCAUCUUUUAAAAGACCAGUUAGUACAAAUGAGAAAACAUGGAUCAACUUUUGUGCACAUAAGCCCUUCUAUGAGCCAAUACUGCUCUUGUAAACUGGAUGAUUUGUAGGAAGAUGAACUUCAGAAUUCCCUGUUUAGCCUUUAAUGACAACAGUGUGUAAUACUCUGCAAGUAGUGCUCAAGCUGCCAGUAAUGAUAUCGAGGGGUUUUAGGUUUUGCAUAAGGCUUACAGUAAAGUCUCCAACCACCACCUCUUUUCACUAAGAAAAAGGAAAUCAACAUUGAGGGUAAUGCCAAGUUUGCAUAAUCAGCUGAUUGUUGUGGUGUUUUUUUUUUUUGCAACACCAAAGGGAAGGGGCACUGUGAAAGUGUCCCUUUCAGAAAGCUGCUGUUAUUCAGGUUUCCCCCUCCACCUCCACAGCCUCACCCAGAUCAGCAUCUCAUCAAAUCACUCACCAAGCAGAUUGAUUGUGCAGCACUAUUUAGUUGUGGAUGAAUGGUAGGCUAAGUUUCCACAUGGAUUUGAUGCGCUUCCACAUGAGUACAAUUCCACCCACUCCAACAUAACUCAUGCUUGAGGGAAAAUGGGAUUCAGCAAACUUCUGCUUUCAUCAAGUAAAGUCAACAUAAAAGCACAAGUAGGCACAUUUUAUGUUUACAAUACAGUAUUCCAAUGUCUUUUUUUUUUUUUUAAGCUAAGCUUUUCACAUCCUUAGGUCAAGCAAGACAACUGCCAGUUGGCCAAACAUAGAACAGGAAGGAACAAACAUUACACAGGCUUGCAGGCUUUGUAUUCAAAGGGGAAGGUGUGAUUUCAUUGUGGGAUGCUUCAAGGCUAAAAGACUCCCCAUUUUGCCCAGCAGAACAAGGGUUGCACUCUCGCUUUAUAUACACAACUUUCACACCCACAUGUCCUUCCUAUUGACGGCAAAGGGACAAUUUUCACAAGCAGAAGUAGAGCUGGGCACUGGAUAUACUCAUGAAGCAGCACAGUUCUUUCCAGUUUGAUGCCAACCUGUGACAUGAGCCAACUCAACAUCCCCACAGCAUCUAUAAAAAGAUCCAUCACACUGCUCCAGGUAAUGCCUGUGCCAACAUAAUGGACAGCCAGUCACUGUAUCUUUUGAAGACUGAAACCAAUUCCUCUAAACACAGAACCACGUUUCAGAUGGUGCCCUUUGUACACAUCUGGUCUCUAAAACCUUUGACAUGGGAGUUUGGAUCAUUUAUUCUGAUUCCAGAAUACUGAAAAGUAAUUUGAGGUGGUUUUGAAUGCUCAUUUCCCUACACAAUUUUGUGGAGAGGGGGUUCAGUGUGGUUAGCUUAAAAUUUCUCAAUGAAUUGUUUUUAUAUUUAGAAAUUCUCUGCAUAUAUGCACACACACAAACGUAUAUAUUAUUGCAGAGUAUGUAGCUGGAAUGUAAAUUCUUAUGUUUUUAUUUUCUGUAUUGCCUACAGUAUGCUUCUGUGAUUUGUAAGAACCAAUGAAGAGCUGUAAGGCUGGUUUUACUGACUUCUGUAGUUACAUAAAAGAUAUUCUGAACAGGUCUAUAAAACUGAA